ACCGUUUUUUUUGGUAUUUACACACUGGUCCCGGUCUUUUGCAGUGCUGACUGCGUCAAGCAUUUUUCUUUAAAUAUUAAUUAAGUAAUAUAUACGAGUUGAUUUGAACAGCAAACCAGUGAAGCGUGUUAAUCUUGGAAUUGCCGAGCUAGAAGUGAUCAUAUUUUCUGGUUUUGGCAAAUUCCUGCUUGAGCAAACGUUGUUGAACCGAGCUAGUUAAAAGCAAAGCGCGAGACACAUUUUAGCAAGACGUGAAAAGUUUGCCAUUUGAAGGGAGAUAACCAAUACAUAAGAUAUGUGGACCACUAGGAAGGAGGUGGACGAGCAAGUCCACAAAAUACUUGGCAAAUUGCCGCCCGGACAGUUGCGCGAUGUCAAGGGUAUGGCGGUGGCCCGUAUGUACUAUAAGAUACAGGAAUACCCGAAAGCUAUUGAAUACCUCAACAGCUAUCUGAAGGUGAAGGAAGAGGCCAAUGCCCACAAAUUGAUUGCCGCCUGCUACACGAUGCGCAAGAAUCCCGACCGGAAGCUGGCCCUGGAGCAUUACCAGCGCUGCAUCCAGCUGAAUCCCAAGCAAAUCGAAGUGAUCAACGCUGCCUGCCAAUUGCUGCUGGACGACAACAACAGCAGCAGCCUCUUCAGCGUCGAGUGCGCCAAGUUUUGGCUGGACAUGGCCGGUGGCAUACAAUUGAAUGAAAGCGAACUGAUGUUCCAGUUGCGCGUUAAGAUGAAACUUCACGAGAGCACCAAUGGAGGAGGAGGCGGGGGCGAUGGGGCGCUGCGCGACAACUCUGAGAUAAACGCGCUCGAGGACAUCAUGCUCAGGGAGCUGCAUGCGCGGCCACACGACGUACAGGUAAAGGUGCGUCUCAUGCGCUGCUAUUUGGAGAAAAAGAAACUGGAGGAGGCCUUCAACUAUGCCUUCAGGGUGGAGCUGGACGAGAAGACAUUCCCCAGUCAGUGCUUGGAUUGGUAUGAAAUCAUCUGGACCACAGUCACCAAGUUGGAGCAGGGCAAGGACCUCAAGAAGUGGGGCCAGCGCUUCUGGCAGCUAGCGCUCCACAUCCUCGACCGCCUCGUGCAACUCAGCCUGGAGUCGGGUAAGAGUAUGCCCGAAUGCAGCAACUAUUUGUUCCGGCUCGACCAGUACUUGCACAAGUUCAACAUGGAGAAGCCAUCGUCCUCCUCCGAUCCAUUGCAACCAAAGAUGCAGCAAUCCUGCGUGGAUCACUACUCGGGCCAGGUGCUGCUCCAUGCGGUGGCGAUCGUCUUCAAGCGGGAGCUCGUGAGCAACCACAACAAGUGGAUAAAGAGCUUGAAGAGCGUGCUGCCACUCCUGCUGCUGGGCUACCAGUCGAAGCCGCUGCAGGAUAACUUUUCCGAGCCCUGGAUGAAGCACUGCGAUGCCGAUCAGAAGAAGCUCCUGCAGCAGUGGCGCCUCCAGGGUGCCUUCCGUUGCGCCCAAUUGGGAAGGACUCUGUUCGGCUGCCUCCAACCCGCCAAGUCGCAUGACAUGGACCAGAAGGAGAACAUUCCCUCAGGCCAAAACAAUGGCUAUCAGCCAAUGAUUGGAUUGUUUGAGGACUCCGACAAGCUGCUGGCCUGCGCCCGCCUCCAGUGGCAGGACAAGAACUGGCGUCGCCAGCUCUUCCAGGUUCUCUUCUGCCAACCCGAUCACAAACUGAAGGAGAACACCUCGCAUCUCGUGCGCAACCCCAAGCUGGAGGAACCCCUUUGCGAAUGGCCUGCGGAGGCGGACAUCGAGUCCUACGAGCGGCAAGCCCUGCUCCUGAAGCCCCAGUCGCUGGCGCAACAUGUGUACCUGGCCCUGGGCGCCAGCGAGACUCUUGGAAGUGCUCCACGAGUACUAUUCUACGAGGGACUGCGCCACGAUGUGACACAAGACUUGAGCUUCUGCGGUCAGGAGUCGCUCUCGCAGUUGGAUAUUGAUUUAUUCCUCUAUGCGACGGUCAUCCAGACCCACAGCCGAUUGGCCGGCCAGCGGGAGAGCUACGACAGAUGCAAUCUGGGGAAUUUCAGUGCCUCGGCGCGGCCCCACAUGAUGCCGUAUGCCAAUGUGAUCAGCCAAUUGGCCACGCCCGAGCAGAGCAGCUGGUGGGAUCUGGUCCUGCGCUUGCACAAGAAUCAAGUGCCCGAAUGCAGCCGGGGCGAGCAACGAGCCCAGAUCCAGAUGGGGCUGGAGGCGGUACGCGGUGUCAAUGGCGCCAAAGCGGACAUCAUCAUACUCUUGAAGCUGGGGGCCAUUCUCUGCUCGCGCGAGGAUCGAGAUGUACUCGAGCGUCGCAUCGACACCCUGUACAAGCAGGCCUUCAACAUGCUGCGUCGCGACCAGCACCACGGGGCAGCCGUAAAUGAGCAUUAUGCGCGAUUCUUCAAGCUCGCUUCGGCUGCCAGCUCUGCCACUUAUGAGGAACGUCAGCGCCUGGCCGACGACGCCAUCUUGUACUUCAGCUCGAAGAUGUUCAAGACGCAUCAGUAUCAGCAGUUCAUCGACGAGGUGCGCGGCCUGAACCUCCCAAUGGCCGUCUACAUGCAGGCCGAGGCGUAUCGCAAGCUGGAGUCCUCCAGUCAAAUCAACAGAGAGGCCAAAGCGCGCUAUUGGGAGCGCCGCAGGGACUGCCUGCAGCAGGCACAGCAGUUGCUCCGUGGCCAUACGAAGCAUCCACUGUGCGGGAUGAUCAGCGGCGAGCUAAGGCGCUGCGAAGACGAUCGCUGCGAGACGAGCUACGAUAUCUAUGGCUCGCCGGAUAAUCACAACAAUUCGUCCAGCUACGAGGAUGCCGAGGACGCCGAGAAUGGGGAUUUCUAUGCGACUGCUUCGCUCAGCCUCAACCGUUCUCGACGACAUGGGGAACCGCCGGCUGCUGCACUCCCGAGGGGUACACCAGUUCGGGGUACGCCAGGCGGCACUCCGGCCACAGCGGGCACACCGCUGGCCUUCAAUGCGAAAUUCAAUCAGCUGGAGGAUAUGGUCAAGCAGACGAACAAGUCCCUGUGCCAGUUCAAGGACGAUAUGCAUCAGGAGAUGAAGAACCUCACCGAAAAGUUAACCGGUCUCGAGGAUAUGAUCAAGAAAAUUAAGAUCACACACAGGGAUACGCCCACCCGGGAUGUGGACGCGGCCACGGCUCUCGGUCUCGAUGAUCUCUUCAUCAUUGAGGAGCUCGAUGCACAGCAACAGCAGCAGCAGCAACAGCAGAACCAGGCGGCGGCUGCCGCAGCAGCAGCGGCACUGCAACAUCAACAGGUGUUGGCUUCGAACUAUGGAGUACCCAAUCCCAAUCCCGGGGGCUUUUUCAAUGGCGUACCAGCCGUACCCUCGCCACAGGAUCGAAUCCUGCAGGGCACCUAUGGUAGCCAAUUGUUCAACCAGAAUCAGCUAUACAAUUACUAUGCGGCCCAGGCGCAGCAGUAUAUGCGCACUCCACCGGCACCUGGAUCGUUGCCGCCACUAAAUAUGUUUGGCCCACAGAAUCCUAACUUUGCUGGAAUACCAGGUAUAUUCCCACCGGCACCUGCCGUGCCACCGCCAAGAUCCUACCUGGAGCCCUCUGGAAACUUUGGACAAACGCCUUCCAGUCUGAUUCAACAACAGGCCCCAGUCCAAGCAGCAGCAGUCGCAGCACUGCCACCAGCGGCAGCAGCAGCAGCUCCUCCACUUCUUCUGGCUGAACCUCCCAAGCCUCCAACGGCUGCAGUGCGUCAGCAACUUGUGUCUCCUGGAGGUAGAUGCAUCAGUCCAUUGUCACCAUUGUCUCCAGAGUAUCCGGUGGUUACAGCCCCACCAUCCGCUGUAGCCGCACCGGCCAUUCCAUCCCUGUUCAAUCGCGCUCUGAACAACCAGCCCGUGGAGAAGGAGCCACCGGCAAAUGUGGUCAUCACCAGCUCCGAUCCGCUGCCCAAACCUGCCACAGUCGCUGGCGUCCAGCCGACGCUCAGUGUGACGAUCCCGGCACAGCAUAUCAAGCCCAGUCUGGUGCAGAACACAGAACAGCAACCACAGCAACAUCCACAGCCAGCAACAUCGUUCGGUGCUCUGCCAGCGACUGUCCUAACAGCUGCUGAGACACCAUCAUCCAGCGGAGUCUUCAAUUUCAGGUUUGGCACCAGCCAGGCGGAGAGUCCGUUCUCCUUCAAGACGCUGGUGGCCAGGGCCGCGGCUGAAAAGCAAAAGGAGCAGGAAGCCGAAAAAGCCCAGACCCAACUCAACGAGAGUGCCAAGAGUACCACGAGUGAACCGAACAAGAGUGCGGGCGCCGCAGAUGCCUCCCUGGAACAGGACUACGAUCCGCGACCGGACUUCCAGCCGAUCAUAGAGUUACCCGAUGAGAUUGAAGUGCGCACCGGCGAGGAGGACGAGGAGGUCAAGUUCUGCUUCCGUGCAAAGCUCUUCCGCCUGGUGUCGCUAGAGUGGAAGGAGCGAGGCAUUGGCAACAUUAAGAUCCUCAAGAACCCGGCCACCGGCGUCUCGCGCAUCCUCAUGCGACGCGAGCAGACGUACAAGGUCUGUGCCAAUCACAAAAUCAAUCGCGAUAUUUCCUUGACCACACCCCAAGAGGACACGGAGCAUAAGUCAUUCAUUUGGGCGGCCAACGACUUUGCCGAUGAGGUAAUGGUACCCGAGAUGUUCCUCGUGCGAUUCAAGUCCCCUGACACGGCCAAAGAAUUCCACGAUGCCUACACAUUGGCCUGUCUGGAGGAUAGCAAAGCAGCUGUAACCAAGGAAGUCACUGUCCCAGUCCCCGCAGUGCCCAAGGCAGCCCCAGCUGCAGCUGCAGCUGCAGUCAAAGAUGUGACCAAGAGCUUUGUGACCAGCACACCAGCCACCAAUUCAUCGUUCGGCAAACCCUUCGAGCCGGCAAACAUGAAGCUCUCGGAAUCGCUAGCAGCUCUGGCUGCUCCAGCCCCCGCCAACCCUAUCUCGUCGACAGUAGUGGCCAAAUCUCUGUUUGGAGGACAGCUGCCUGCAGAUUUUGCUUCUACUGCUGUGGCAUCGACUCCGACGGCAACCGCAGCAACGACAGUGCCGCCUUUUGCCAGCUUUAGCUUUGGCCAGAAGGGAGCAGGGCCAACGGCUUCGCCGUUCGGCAAUCUGUCCUUUGGUAGCCUGUCGUUUGGCAGCGUUUCGGCCGUCAACAAUAAUGCAAACAGCAACAACAGCACGCUGUUUACCACGGCACUGAUCAAGGACACCACCCUACAGGGAGAGCAGCAGCAGCAGCAGCAGGAGACCGAAGCCGAUGCCGAAGCCGAGGAUGAGUACGAGCCGACGGCACAGUUUGCCCCAGUGAUCCCCUUGCCCGAACUGGUUAAGGAGAUCACGGGAGAGGAGGACGAGGACGUGCUGUUCGAGCAUCGGGCCAAGUUGUUGCGGUAUUGCAAGGAAACGAGUGAGUGGAAGGAGCGCGGCCUGGGAGUCAUGAAGAUACUGCGCAACAAGCAGGAUGCCAGCAAGGUGCGCCUCGUGAUGCGUCGCGAGAAGGUGCACAAGACGUGCUGCAACCAGCGGCUGCUGCCAGAGACCACAUUCAAGUAUCUGGUCAAAUCCACCACGGCCCUAACCUGGGCGGCCCAGGACUUUGCCGAUCAGGAGCUGUCCGAAGCAACGCUGUGCAUCCGAUUCAAGAAACCCGAGACAUGCAAGGAGUUCCUAGAUGCGGUGCUAAAGGCACAAAAGGAAAUUACAUCCUCCUCCACCAGUAAGAAGGAUCAGUUGGAAAAGAAGACUGUAGCAACAGCAACAUCAGCAGCAGCAGCUCCCAGCAAAGGCUUUGGCGAUGCCUUUAAGCCCAAGGCUGGCAGCUGGAGCUGCGAGGCCUGCUACACGAGCAAUGGCCACGAGCAGCUGUAUUGCCUGUCGUGCGAGGGUCCCAAAGAUGCGACAGUGCCGCCCAAGCAGUCAUCAGGCUUGGAUCAAUCGAAUGCUCUCAAUCUGACGACCAGCAGUGCGAGCAAGUUCUCAUUUGGCUUUUCCCCCGCAACAGCAGCGGCAGCACCACAAGCACCAGCAGCUAACCUUUCUUCGGGCUUCAGUUUUGGAGCCAAGGCAACGGAGAAACCAGCAGCAGCAGCUGCUGCUCCAGUGGCAGCCUCAUCAUCAGCUCCUGCCAAAUUGCCUGCCCCCCCAUUGACGUCAGGAUUUGGCGAUGCAUUCAAGCCCAAGGCUGGAAGCUGGUCCUGUGGAAGUUGCUAUCUGAACAACACGGGAGAUUCCCUCUACUGCAGUGCCUGUGAGGCGCCCAAGGAUGACACAGUGCCCAAGAAGGAGAGCAACGCCCUAGGGUCGUCGGGUAUCGUGUUGCCGGCAACCACAAAGUUUAAUUUCGGCUUUGGAGCAGCUCCAGCUCCAGCUCCAGCUGCUGCAACACCAGCUGUACCGGAUGGAGGAGUAGAGGCACCCAAGAGCGUCUUUGGAUCUGCCAGCUUCAGUUUUGUGCCCAAAACGUCGGCGCCGGCAGCAAGUCCUGCGGCUACCCUGGGAUCGGGCACCUUUAGCUUCACGAUGCCAAAGCCCGCCCAGCAGCAGCCCAAGAAUUCCGACGGGGGAGGUGAUGAUAACGCGGAGGACGAUUACGAGCUGGAGGAGGAGGAGAACCAGGCGUAUUUUGCGCCAGUAAUCCCAUUGCCGGAUAAGGUCGAUGUCAAGACUGGGGAAGAGGACGAGGAGGUGCUGUAUGUGCAGCGGGCGAAGCUGUAUCGCCUUACGGACGAGUGGCGGGAGCGUGGCGUGGGUAAUGUGAAGAUACUGCGCCACAAGCAGACGGCGAAGCUACGAGUGCUGAUGCGACGCGAGUCGGUCUUCAAGGUGUGCCUCAACCACGCCCUCAACUCGAGUGUGGCCUACAAGCCCAAGGACGAGCGGUCCUGGCUGUUUGUCGUGAACGACUACAGCGAGGGCGAAUCCGUCAACGAGCGGUUCACGUUACGCUUUAAGAACAAGGAGAUUGCCGGUAACUUCUUGAAGGUCGUAAAUAGCGCCUUGGAUGGCACCGCCAUGGCCAUCGUUGAGGAGCAAAACACAUCUGCGACUCCUUCAACUGGCGACAGCUCCUCCACAUUGAUUUCCCAGAAGUCCACAGCCCUGGCCGAUAAAAUGCAACUGGACAGUAAAUUCUUUACGGGAUCGGACUGCACAGGCUGUGUGGGAUGCGAUCCAGACAAGUUUGUCUGGUCAAACCAGACCUCAACCACAACCACAACCGUUGUCGAUGAUGUGGACCCACCUCUGCCGAUGCACUUGCCAGCCCUUAAGCUACCGCCUGCCGCAGAGCCCGCUGCUCAAUCUCAGCCAGCAACUCCUCAGUUGGGAGACUCCAUCUUUAGAGCCAGUUCACUGGCGAGCGCGAACAGCGGCAGUUUUGGCGGCUUUGGCCAGGCAGUGUCUGCCAAUUCCACGGCGGCUCCUGCUCAUGUUGCGGCCAGCAAGCCAGAGGAGAAGAAAUCAACGAAUGCAUUCGUUUUUGGCACCACAGCAACAGAAAAACCAGUCUUCGGCCAGACUUCAAGCCUGUUUGGUGGCGCCAAACCUCAGCAGCAGUCGAUCUUCAGCAACGCCCAGGGAAAUGUUUUGGGUUCCAUUUUUGGCAGCGGCGUAGCAGAGCCCAAGGAUCAGAGUGCCAAAUCCAUAUUUGGAGGAGUCGGCACCACUCCCGAGGCUCCGAAAUCCAUUUUCGGAGGAGCAGGCAAAGUGGAGCCUGUGGCGGCGGCGCCCAAGACUAUUUUCGGAGGAACAAAUACAUCGGUGUUUGGCAGUGGAUCGUCUGGCUAUGUAUUUGGUAGUGGUGUCGCCACGGAUGCUCCCGCUUUUGGCAAAAACGCCCAAAGCAUCUCGUUUGGUGAUCUGGGAAAGCAAGUCACACCCACAGCCCAAAAUGCUGACAAAGAAACGGGAGAGAACACAGCUGAUGCUGUGCCAAAUACCACUUUCGCGGAUCUGGCUGGUGCCGAUGAUUUUGCCAGCUUGUCCGCAAAGAGUCUGGGCACACCCAUUGGCUUCAACAAGUCGUCCGGUAGCGGGGGCUUCUACAAUCUCACGCACCAGAACGACUUUAAAAACUUCCAAUCGCCGGCCCCGCUAAAGGGCGAUGACCACAACACGUCGGGGGCGGAUGGCGAUGGGGACGCCACAAACGAUGAUAACUACGAUCCCUACUAUGAGCCAAUAGUUAGUCUGCCCGAUGAGAUCGUUGUGAAGACGGGCGAGGAGGAUGAGACUAAGCUGUUUGGCGAGCGUUCGCGGCUCUACCGCUUCGAUACGCGUACAAAAGAAUGGAAGGAGCGAGGAACGGGUGAGCUGAAGAUCUUGGUGCAUCCACAACUGCAGUCCUACCGUCUACUCAUGCGACAGGAGCAGGUGCCCAAGGUGUUGCUCAACAUGAAGAUCGGAGCCAGCUUGAAGAUGAGCCAUUUGAAUGAACAGAAGAAGAGCUUUUCGUGGUGCGGCCUCAACUAUGCCGCCGACGCGGAGGGCAAGACGACAACGGUGGGAGUUGUUGAGCAGUUGGCCUGCCGGUUCGGUAAGCAAGAAAUAGCGGAUCAGUUCUUGAAGAUGGUCAACCAAUGCAUACAGCGUGCCAGCGAGGCAGCUGAGCACGAUCAGGAUCAGGAAACCUCCGAGACUGAGGAUUAAACACUCACGUUACAUAACAGAGUUUAUAAGAUAGUUAUUUCGUAAUAUGUUAAAUAAAAUCAUCAUUUUCAUUCAUUAAUGUAA